AUGCCACUCGCCCAGCCCACCAAGAACUGCAGACACGCAGCAGCCCAGCCGAGCGAUGCUAGCAUACCUAACACACAGGGCCAUGCCCACGUUGCGGCUGACCAGGCCUGCGGCCUGGUCAGCCGUCAACGGGAUGCCGGCGACACACAAGAUGGCAACCGCGGCCUCCUCCCUCCUCACAACAAGUCCCGCCAGGACCCUCUCAACAGAAACAAGAAUAGUGCCCAAAUUGCCGACGUUUUAUUCGGCAAACCCCCUCCACGAGGCCCACAUCGAUCGCUUGGAAACUCUGCUCAGGAAAUACACAAAACACCAGCGUCUGGUUGCUGCAGCCCCCAAGGAAAACCAAAUUGGAUCUCGUUUAACGAAUACGCGCUGAUAGGCGGCGGUACUCGUUUAAAACCGUCCCAAUACAAACAUCUGAUCAGCACCCUGAACCGCUUGAGCUCCAUCGACCCGCAGCUGCUCAACGAAGAUGUGUUAUCGACCGUGUCGCAGUACUACAAGAAGACCAAGUUGAAGCCUUCGAUCGAGUCUGUGCGGCAGCUAGACGAGCAUGGACGGGCCUGUGCCGUAGGCAGAAGGAAGACGUCUACGGCGAAGGUGUGGGUGGUGCGUGGUUCAGGGGAUGUGCUGGUUAACAGCCGUCCUCUAAACGACUACUUUGUCAAGAUCAAGGAUCGUCGUGCGAUUAUGUACCCGCUGCGCGUGAUCGAUGCUGUGGGCAAAUAUAACGUGUUUGCCACGGCCGAGGGCGGCGGCGUGACUGGCCAGGCCGACGCGAUCAUGCAUGCGCUGGCCAAGGCGCUGGUGCUCUUCAACCCGCUGUUGAAGACGCGUCUGCACCGCGCCGGCGUGCUGACGCGCGACUAUCGGCACGUUGAGAGGAAGAAGCCGGGUAAGAAGAAGGCCAGGAAGAUGCCUACUUGGGUUAAACGUUAG